UUCAGUAAUUUGAAGUAAAUAUAAUAUUUCUGAUAAAGCUGCUUGGUAAACAUAUUGCCAGUAUUCCGUUGGCAACACUAUAAUUAUACGCGCGCAGAAUUCACCCACGAUGAAAGUUGUAAUAUAUCUGGCCUUAUUUCUAACAGCUGUCGCUUGUAACGAAACUCCCGCAAAGCCCUUGGACAAAGAGAAGGAGGAGUGUGUAGUUGAAUUAGGUUUAAAUCGUGAUGAAAUAAUCAAACUGGAUGCACUGGAACUACCAAUUGACACUAAUGCAGAUUAUAAUAGAUUCGUUGCAUGCGAUUCGAAGAAAAAGGGUUUAAUGACAGCCAAUGGAGAAAUACUAUAUUCAGCAAUAAAGAAGUUGUUAUUGGAACUACCUGACGUCAAAACACUCCCUAAACUAGUGCACUCUGUUUACGCACGAAUCAUUUCCGACGCACUUAAGCGAUGUGAAACGUUACCUUUGAGUGAAAAAGAUCCCGGUAAAAAUAUGAUUCACGUUUUCACGUGCAUGUUUAAGGAAAUGGAUAACAUUAAGGAAAGUAUGGUCUGAUGAUAUUGCUGCAUUGUGUAAUAAACCACUUUGAUACACUGGGUUACAACCAUUGCUAUUUUUGCCAAAAUGAAAUUAUUGUGAAACCACCCA